UUCAAGCCUGAUCUCUAUCCUCCUCCCUCUUCCUCUAUACAUCUAUCCAAAUGGCUUCUCUCCUCACUCUAAUGAACCAAAGCUCAUGGAGGUUCAGUCUGAGGAGUCGGGAUCCGAGUUUGUGCCUGGAAAUUGAGAGCUUUCGAGAAGCCGAAAGAAAAGAAUAUCCGGGGUAUGCUCAUGAUGUGGAGAUCAGGAAAGGGGUGUGUAUAACAUGGGAGGACCUGUGGGUGACGGUAUCAAAUGCAAUGGACUCGAGUAAUAAGCCUAUACUUCAGGGGCUAACGGGCCAUGCCCGGCCUGGCAAGCUCUUGGCCAUCAUGGGUCCUUCCGGGUGUGGGAAAACCACUCUUCUUGAUGCUUUGGCAGGGCGCCUAAAUUCAAAGGCAAGGCAAACAGGAGAAAUCCUCUUCAAUGGUCGGAAACAGCCCCUGGCAUACGGCACAUCGGCCUAUGUGACCCAAGAAGAUGUUCUGACGUGGACCCUCACGGUCAGAGAAGCCGUGUACUGGUCGGCCGAGCUCCAACUCCCUGACUCUAUUCCUCUCUCCGAGAAAAGGGAAAGAGCAGAGGCGACGAUAAAGGAGAUGGGCUUGCAUGAUGCGGUUGAUACCCGAAUUGGGGGUUGGGGCAAGAAGGGCCUCAGCAAUGGGCAGAAGAGGAGGGUCAGCAUCUGCAUGGAGAUCCUGACCCGCCCAAGGCUACUAUUCCUCGAUGAGCCCACAAGCGGGCUCGACAGCGCUGCCUCGUACUAUGUCAUGAAGAGAAUCGUUGACCUAGCCAAACACAACAACAUGGUGAUUAUAGCCUCUGUACAUCAGCCCAACGGCGAGGUGUUCCGGCUCUUCGAGGACUUGUGCCUGCUCUCACUAGGGAGCAUGGUAUACUUUGGUCCAUCAACUGGAGCAAGAGAGUUCUUCUCAGGGAAUGGUUUCCCAUGUCCUAGUCAUCAGAAUCCAUCAGAUCAUUACCUUUGGACCAUAAACACAGAUUUUGACGAGGUGCAGCUUUCUUUUCCCGAUGGAGGACAGAUUUGUUCAACAGAGGACGUGGUUAGAGUCCUUGUAAGAUCAUACAAGUCUUCAGACUUUUACACUGAAGUUCAAAAACAAAUAUCAGAGAUAAAAGGACGGGGAGGAGAUGCACUUGAGAAAGGGAACCGAGCAGGCUUCUUCACACAGUGUGGCAUACUCACAAGAAGGUCCUUUGUGAACAUGUACCGUGACCCGGGCUACUACUGGCUGCGUCUUGUCAUAUACAUUGCAUUGGGUUUUGGCUUAGGCACUGUCUUCUAUGACAUUGGAUCGGCUAAUAGUUCAAUCCAGGGGAGAGGAUCGCUGCUAAUGUUUGUAGCGUCUUUCUUGACGAUCUUGGCAAUUGGAGGCUUCCCUUCUUUUGUCGAGGACAUGAAGGUGUUCGAGAGGGAACGAUUGAAUGGACAUUACGGAUCUGCUGCCUUUAUUCUUGGCAACACACUAUCAUCCGUGCCAUUCCUACUUGUCAUUUCCCUAAUUCCCGGUGCCAUCACUUACUUCCUUGCCGGGCUUCAGCAUAAUAUCGGGCAUUUCACCUACUUUGCCUUGACCCUGUUUGCUUGUAUGAUGCUGGCUGAGAGCCUCAUGAUGAUAAUUGCGAGUUUGAUGCCGAACUUCCUCAUGGGUCUCAUUGCCGGUGCCGGGAUUCAGGGACUGAUGAUGCUCAGCGGAGGAUUCUUCCGGCUACCGAAUGAUCUCCCAAGGAUCUUCUGGAGGUACCCUCUAUACUACAUUGCCUUCCACAAGUAUGCGUACCAAGGUUUGUACAAGAACGAAUUCAGGGGGCUAAUGCUUCCGGCUGGGAACAUUCCUUUAAUCGGGCAAGGCUUUGUUAGCGGAGAAGAGAUACUGAGAGAAGUUUGGCAAGUCGAAAUGGGUUACUCAAAGUGGACCAACCUCAGCAUUCUCUUCGGGAUGGUUGUCAUUUAUCGAGCCAUCUUCUUUGGGGUUCUCAAGCUGACCGAGAAAUUCAAGCCCAUACUCCGGGAAAUCAGGUGCGCCUGCAUUGCCAGGCAGAGAGAACACUAGUAAUUUAUGCGGUACAAUUGUUUUAACUGAGAUAUUUAUUCGUGAUUAAAGAUAUAGUUGUUUCAUGAGAAACUACUUAAUGAACCGAUAAAUUAUUCUUAUUUCCGCUUUUAUCAAAAUCAUCAUUGCGUCUCA